CGAUAGCCGUUUUGGAUCAAGGGCACCGUCUGUCAGCCUUCAGCGAGCCGCCGGCCGCCCGAUCUCCCGGACUCGUCGUCAUGAUGCAGCUCGUGCAGAACAAGGAGGCGCGGAAGCGCGCGGGGCGUGCCCUCCGCGACAUGGCCAAGAGGCCCGGUUCAGGGAUCACAGCGGAGAUGGCCCAGGACGAGGAGUACAUCCAGCGGUACAUGACUCUGGCGGCCAGUCUCCCGUCGAGCUCUGGUAGGGUUCAGGCUGCCGACCUCACCAACUACAGUGCCACAGCGAGCUCGUCUACUGAGGUGAUACUUCCUUACUUGGCGCAAUACAAGGUGAAGCUUCCUAAAGUACCGGAGGCGGCCCAGAAAUACUUGGUGGACCCGCGCGGUUUCGCAGACUUGCCCGCGAAUUGUCCGGCCGAUGGCGUGUGGCUUUUUGACAUGCAGGUACGCUACGACAAGGCAGUAGAUAUGCUCGACCUCGGCAUGGGCCUGGCCGAGGUCCGCUUGCGCGCUGGGAACACUAGGACGUUCCGCUUGGGUUCUGGGUCCGCGCCGGCUUUGCCGGACGGGCCGCCCGCCGAGCCGCCGACGGAGGCCGCGCCGCCGACGGAGGCCGCCACGCCGGCGGAGGCCGCGCAGCCGCCGGAGGCCGAGGAGCCCGCGACGGCAAAACGGGCGAGGCGAGAAGUGCGAGAGCGCCCGUCCGAUACCGACCUGCCGGACGAGGUGGUGGCGCUGAAGAUGUUCGGCCAGGCCACGGAGGCGGGUAGAGCGGGGAAGUAUUGGUCGCCUGAUCCUUUCCACACAGACACCGUCGAGCAGGUGAUGUGCAGGUUCACAGAGCACGUGUCGGAGGUGGCCGGCAAAUUUGGGGCGGAGACAUGCAAGACGGCAGAGGCGCCCGAGUACAUGUUCAAGUUCUACGCCGGGGUCACGAAGGUGCUGCUGCAGGGCCCGGUGUAUGAGGACGUGCGCCACUUUGCGAAGCACUUUCGCAAGGCGCAUGGCAUUUGGCCGGCUGUCGUGCCGCAGCUGGCCAUGGGGUUGUGCACCAUAUCCGACAUGGAUUUCGGGAAGCACGUGUCCUUGGACGGCGACGAGAUCAAGCAGAUCCAGGGCGGCAUGAGAUGGUCGGCUUGGGAGGUCUUGAAGGGCAGCCCCUUCUUCUCCAAGUUCACGGCCGACAGGAACAAGGCCCUGGUCCACAAGGUCAAGGGCGCCGAGACGAUGGACCCCGGGACGCGCCAGCAGAUCGUCUCCUCGGUUCUCCAGCAGGCGAAGCGGGCCGAGGGCAGCGACGAGGCGGCCGCCGCCCUCGCCGCGGAGUUGACUUUGGUGUCGACGAUCAUGGGGCCCAUCGGGAAUGGCGACGUGCUGUCGCUGCUCUUCGGGAAGGAUAAGGAGACGGAGCGCAUGGCGGCCUUCGACCGCGUCCGCGAGUGGUUCCCGAGCAAAACCGACGUCCUGGGCACCCAGAUGUUCGCCCGUGUCUCUCCGGACUUCUCUUCGUGGGGGGAGUCGGGCUACUUGGCGUCCGCUCGCUUCGCGUGCGCGGCGGGUCUCGACUUGUCCCUGGUGCCCCACGCCGGCGUCAAAAGCACGUUGCAGAUGUUGAAAAAGUUCAUGGGCUUGCCGGGCGCUGCGGGCCGGCACGGGCAGAACAUCGUGGACGGAGUGUUCCUGGAGCUGUCCGCGAAGAAGUGCGGAUUGGCGAGCUCCCGGGCCCGGCAGGCGGCGCCGAUCCUCCACGAGCCGCGCGCCGCGCUGUACGACGGCAUCCUGCGCGCCGCAGGUCCCGCUUUGCACAAGGCCCUCGCCAAGGCCAAGGACGCCGACGCGCCGUUCGCCCAGGCGCUGAAGGCGUGGGCGGCCGAGGCGCCCGCGACGCCCGCCGCCGAGGCGAGCAAGGAGGCGAGUCCAGCGGCCGCGGCGGCGCCGACCGCCGCGGGCGCCCCGGAGGGCGGCGCGGAGACGAGCCCGGGGGCGGGCGAGACGGCGGGCAAGGGGGCGAGCCCGGCGGCCGCGGCGGCGCCGACCGCGAAGGAGGCCCCGGAGGGCGGCGCGGAGGCGACCCCGGGGGCCACGGCGCCGGCCAAGGGCCCCCCGGGGCCAGCGCCCGGAGCGCUGGCGAAGCCGGCGGCGGACGAGAAGGGCUUCAAGGAGGGCGAUGUGGUCGAGUUCGUGUUGACCAAAAAGGCUUUAAAGGAGGUGUUCGGCGGCCACACCGCCUCCGUGGUCCAGCCCAUGGCCGAUGGCAAGAAGUACAAGGUCAAGCUUCUGUCGGGCAAUGAGAAGGGGGACGCAGUCAAGGGGAGCGUGCACACCUUCACGGUUGGCCAGCUAAAAAAAGUUGCACCGAAGGCCGUCGUCCCGGCUGCUGGCACGAAAAACGUCAUCCCGGCUGCUGGCGCGAAGAACGUCGUCCCGGCUGCUGACGCGAAGAGGGCUUCGGAGGGCGGCGCUGCUGAGCCCGCGGAGAAAAAACCCAAGGUGGACUUGGACAAGUACUUCGGCAAGACGGAAGGGAUCUGCUGAGCGGACGGGGGCUGCUGCUAGCAGCUACUGCUUCUAGAACCACCACCACUACUACGACGACU